AUGGGUAAAUAUGACGUGGAUGAGCUCGUGCUCAAGUAUGGCUCAAGAUACGUGACAAAGAAACUCUCAAGCGAGGUAUUUUGGAAGGAACAUUGGGUUCUGUCCUGUACCGUGGGGACCAUUGGCGCUGUGUGUCUAGGACAGUGCGCAAACUACCUGUACCAAUGGUACAGGCUUUACACGAUGCGCACGCUGAAGUCAGAAAUGGCGCGAGAUUCAAAAACGGUGUUGCGAGACAAUUUGGCCAAGAUGAAUUCUAAGGCGAAAUGGGAGCAUAUUCUCUGUCAAUCUUUCGAAGAACUGGUAGAGAAACUUCAAUCACAGCAACUGAAAGCAGUGGACGUACUGCACGCGUUUCAGUGGAAAGCCCUUGACGUAGACACUGAGAUCAAUUGUGUCACUGAGCCAAUUUCUGGGGCUGAGGCAGUAGCUUUAGAAUGUGACCGUAGCGAUGUCCCUCUUGGUCCCUUGCACGGGAUUCCAGUGAGUUUAGAAGAGUGCCUACCCAUCAAGGGAUACGUCUCGACAUCAGGUGCUUCCAAAUAUGCUGGUGACGUCUGCUCAAAGGACUGUCUUGUUGUUCACUUGCUGAAAAAGCUAGGCGCUGUGCCGUUCAUGAAGACAAAUGUACCACAGGUCGUUCUCAGUUACCAAUGCAGUAACCCCAUCUUCGGGAGGACAGUUAACCCUCUUGAUGUUAGCAGGACACCGGGUGGUGCUGCUGGGGGAGAAGGCGCGUUGAUCAGUGUGGGUGGCUCCUGUUUAGGAUUCGGGACUGACGUCUGCGGUGGAAUUCGUAUCCCAGCGAGUAUGUGUGGUAUCGCUAGCUUCAAGCCAACAGGUCUUCGCCUCAGUAGAUCAGGGAUUCAUGCAUCCUCCAAGAUUCCACCCCAAAUCUUCACAUCCAUAGGUCCUUUGGCAAGGGAUGUGAAAGCACUCGUAAUGGCUACUAGGUCUCUCCUUGGUCCAGAGUUAUUUGCAGCUGAUCUCGCUAUCCCGCCAUUGCCAUUCAACACAGGACUUUUUGAGGACAAUAGAAAAUUACGCAUCGGUUAUUACAUUCACGAUGGCUAUGUUCAACCAGUUCCAGCAUGUGUCAGGGCAGUGGAGCUCGCCAAGAAGGCGUUGGAAAGACAAGGGCACACCCUUGUGCCUUGGCAACCACCCAGGGUGAAAUACGCCAUGGAGGUACUGUUCGUGAAUGCCAUGAUCGGCGACCACGGCAGGAGUUUCUUCGAGGAGAUCCGUCAUGACAAGAUCGACAGCUCGGCAGGACAGCUGUAUUAUCGCCUGAUGAUUCCAGAAUUCGUUCGGAAGAUCAUUUCCAACAUGCUCCGUCCACAGUGUCCUACAGUCUCGAAAAUGUUGUCCGCGGGACUGAGACUUGGGAGUAUUUACGAUUACUGGGUUCUGUCUGGUAUGAUCGACGACUACAAGGAGGAAUUUCUAUUGAAGUGGCAGGAUUCAGAGCUGGAUGCUGUCAUCUGUCCUGGUUUCGCAACCCCAGCACUUUCGAACGAGGUCUCAAGCAGGGCGAUGUCCUCCUACCCGGCCCUGUACAAUCUGGUGGAUUUUCCAGCAGGGUCUAUCCCUAUAACCCGGGUGACGGCCGCAGAUGAUGAGGAAUUGGAGACUAGUUACCCUGCUACCGAUCUGAUAUCGAAACUGGUCCGGAGAUUUGCAAGUGGUUCCGAGAAUCUGCCUGUCAAUGUGCAGUGUGUCAGUCUCCCUUGGAGAGGUGAAGUGUGUUUGAGGGUCAUGAAGGAACUUCAGGAUGAAAUAGGUCAGUUUUCGAGCAAGUGA